UUGUCCUCACAUCCGUUGAAACUAGCUAGUUCAGAGACGAAUGGUACAUACAUGCCGUGUUACGAUGGACGGCAAUCAUGAACGAGUGGACGGCCUUAGCGACAUCUAUUUUCUUCCUUUUUUUUCUGCAUUGACUUCUUCGUUUAGCUGCAUUUGAAUCAGCUAAGGCGGUUGUAUUGAGGUGUUAGUUAGCACAUGCAUGUGUACUUGUGUACACACAUAACAGGUUGUCAAUUUGUCACACGUUGGCAUGCACCCAUGGCUACGUAACCAGCCGGCGUGUAUAUAAGUACAGGGAGUUGCGAGGACAUCUACACACCAUCCGUCCAUUUCCUCGACAUAGAUCCUUGAAACAUUCUUGUCUGUAGCCACAUAAUUGGAGCUUAAUUUGAUCCUGUAAUUCGUUAAGGUCCAUGGCGAUCAGGUCUUUGCUGCUCCCUCUGGCCCUGCUGGUUCUUGCAGCUAGUUCAGCUGCGGUGGCUCAGCUGGAGAUCGGCUUCUACAGCAAGACAUGCCCGGACGCCGAGAAGAUCGUCCGUGAGGAGAUGGCCAAGAUCAUCGCCGCCGCGCCCAGCCUCGCCGGCCCGCUGCUCCGUCUCCAUUUCCACGACUGCUUCGUCAGGGGUUGUGAUGCCUCUGUCCUGCUCGAAUCCACCGAAGGUAACGUGGCGGAGAAGGACGCCAAGCCGAACAAGAGCCUGCGAGGGUUCGGCUCCGUGGAGCGGGUGAAGGCCAAGCUCGAGGCCGCGUGUCCGGGCAUCGUCUCCUGCGCCGACGUGCUAACCCUCAUGUCCCGCGACGCUGUCGUGCUGGCCAAGGGCCCCUUCUGGCCGGUGGCGUUGGGAAGGAGAGACGGUAGGGUGUCGAGUGCCACGGAGGCCAGCAACGAGCUGCCCCCAGCCUUCGGCGACGUCCCUCUGCUCGCCAAGAUCUUCGCCUCCAAGGGCCUCGACCUCAAGGACCUCGUCGUCCUCUCCGGCGCCCACACGCUCGGCACAGCGCACUGCCCGUCUUUCGCCGACCGGCUCUACAACACUACCUCUGGCCUCAUCGACCCGUCUCUGGACAGCGAGUACGCUGACAAGCUGAGGCUCAAGUGCAAGAGCGUUGAUGACCGCGCUAUGCUGUCUGAGAUGGACCCCGGUAGCUUCAAGACCUUUGAUACCAGCUACUACCGCCACGUCACCAAGCGGAGGGGUCUCUUCCGCUCCGACGCGGCUCUCCUCUUCGACGCCACCACCAAGGACUACGUGCAGCGUAUCGCCACGGGCAAGUUCGAUGGCGAGUUCUUCAGGGAUUUCAGCGAGUCCAUGAUCAAGAUGGGCGACGUUGGCGUGCUCACCGGGGCCGAGGGAGAGAUCAGGAAGAAGUGUCAUGUGCUCAAUUAGUGUUUGUUCAUUCUUUACUGUAAGGGGACGCAUUGGAUGAUGGUUGUGUGGAACUAUUUAUUGUAGUAGUGUGACUUAUUAUUGAGGAGGUGUUUGGUUCAGAAGUCCUAGGACUUUUUCUAGUCCCAGGGACUAAUCAAAAAAGACUCUCUAGUAGAGUCUUUUU